UGUGGAAGAGACGUUUCCUAGCUGCUGCAGUGUGUCUGGGGCUGCUGUGUGUUCUCCUACUGGCUGGGAUCAUAGGCCUCUUACUCUACCGUGAGUUUGAUAUGUUCUCACUCAAACAUUCUUCAUCUUGUUACUACAUCUCCACUAAUGAGAAAACGUGGGACGGGAGCAGAAAGGACUGUCAGGCGAGAGGAGCAAACCUGGUGAUCAUCAACAGCAGAGAGGAACAGGCUUUAAUCAAAGCGUUCAACAAAAAAGCCUGGUUUGGUCUGACGGACAUAGAGGUUGAGGGAACCUGGAGAUGGGUGGACGGCACACCACUGACCACAAGUUACUGGAACAAAGGGGAGCCAAAUGAUUUGCAAGGAGAAGACUGCGCUUUGGUUGAUAACACUCUAAAGGACCCA